CGUCGUACAAGGAUGGAUUGUUAAUGUUAUUUACUUCAGUCGUCAUUUUCACUACGGAUGACUGCACGACUGUUUACGAAGAAACACAAGGUUUGUUACCUGAACAAAAAUGUCUCGGAAACUAGAUAUGAAUUCUCAAGAGAAGACAUUCAUAUGUGACCAAUGUGGAGCAACCUACUCGGAAGAAGGUGAAUUAGAAAACCAUCAAAAAAUCCACAUUUUGGCUCCUUCAGAUGAAUUUGUCUCUGACAGUAAUAAAUCUUUCUCUCGUGAACAAGGACUGAAUGAGCAUCAAAAGGUCCACACUGGAGAGAGAUCAUUUGUUUGUGAAAUUUGUGGAGAUUGUUUCUUAAAUGAACAUUCCUUGACAGACCAUAAAUGCAUCAACGCUGGAGAGAAACCAUUUGCUUGUGACACUUGUGAAAAAACAUUUUCAGGAAAACAGAGCCUAACCCUCCAUCAACGUGUUCACACGGGAGAGAAACCAUUCGUUUGUGAGACCUGUGAUAAAGCGUUUUCGCAUAAACACAGCCUUGUGUACCAUCAGCGCGUUCACACUGGAGAAAAACCACACGUCUGUGAUAUUUGUGGAAAAGCCUUUUCUCAUAAACCUCGUCUCCGCACCCAUCAGCGUGUCCACACUGGGGAGAAACCGUUUACUUGUCACAUUUGCGGAGCGAUUUUCAGAUGGAAAACUGUUUUAAGUCGGCAUUUACUGCUCCACACAAGGGAGAAACUAUUUGUUUGUGAUAAUUGUGGAGAAGAAUUUUCUGAAAAACCUGAGCUGACCGCCCAUCGGCUUGUACAUGCUGGCGAGAAACCAUUCAUCUGUGAUUUUUGUGGAAAAGCGUUUUCACUUAAAGGUACUCUGAAAACACACCAGAAAGACCACGAAAAAGCAUUUGUUUGUGACACUUGUGGCAAAGCCUUUUCGCGAAGAUUUACUCUAACCGACCAUCAACGCAUCCACACUGGAGAAAGUCCUUUUGUUUGUGACACUUGUGGUGCUUGUUUUGUUAGGAAAGGUGCUUUAAAUCAGCAUCGAUUUGUCCACACUGGAGAGAAAGCAUUUGUAUGUGACCAGUGUGGAAAAGGCUUUUCACUCAAACAUGUUUUAGUUAGACACCAGCGUGUCCACACUGGAGAGAAACCAUUCGUUUGUGACCUCUGCGGGAAAAACUUCUCGCAUAAAUACACUUUGACUGCCCAUCGGCGCGUCCACACUGGAGAGAAACCAUUUGUCUGUGACGAUUGUGGAGCUGGUUUUGUUAGGAAAGAUGACUUGAAUCGACAUCAGUCCACCCACACUGGAGAAAAACCAUUUGUUUGCGAUAUUUGUGGGAAAGCCUUCGGACUCAAACGCACUCUGACAAAUCAUCAGGCACUCCACAUCAGAGAGAAACACUUUCCUUGCGACGUGUGUGGUGAAGAUUUCUCACAUGAAACUUUUCUGAAAAUUCACCAGGGUAUACACACUGGUGAGAAACAGUAAUAAUAAAUAACAAUAUUAGGUUGUUUAUAUGACGCUUUAUAAAACCGAAGGAUGUCUCAAAGUACUUCCAACACUACUACCCCUAAUCACUGGGCCACUUAAAUCAUCCCCUAAACCAUCUCAGUUCUUUGGUGAGUGUACAGUCUAUGCUGCAAAAUCUGUUGCACUCUAAGCUGAACUAAUUCCAAGAACCACCCUAGACAAGUUGUUAAUAAUUGUCCCACAGAGUGAGAUAGUCGAGUUGCAGCGGUGCUCUCGCCAGGUCACUGCACUCGUGCGAACUGCCCAACAGUUCGCGCAAAGCAGUGAAGCACCGCCACAACUCGACUAUCUCACCGCGUGGGACCAUUAACGACUUGUCCACAAGUCUAUCUCUGCCCUCACAGGUACUCAUUUAUAAGAGUCGUACAUGCAUCUUAUAGAACGAGAGAGAGAGAGUGGCAAAGACUUAGACAUUUUAAAGGGCUAACUGCAGGGUCGUCCACAGGUUUUCUUCAAAUCUUUGGGGGCAUUCUGGACCCAAAUGUUUCAGAUGCACACUGAAUUGUUGAGGUAUUCGAAAAAUUGUUUUUUUUUUUAAAUGUGUUGUGCAUCUCAAAUCGCUUGCUUGUGAACUUUGUGAACAUUUAAGGCGGUGGACACUUUUGGUAAUUUCUUUUUUGAAAACUAUGUCACUUCAGAGGGAGCUGUUGCUCACAAUGUUUUAUACU